UUCAUUGAUAGACUAAUCCUACAGCACAGUAAUGUGGGACAGGAGGACAAAGAGAAAAAGAUGGUUGAAACUAAAGAAUGAGUUUUUUCAUCUAGGGCAGCCGGGGGACAUGAGUCUGCUGACCAGUCAUCUCCUGGCCCACAUGGAAGCAAGGAAUGACACUCACAGUUCAGAAUUUAUUCUUCUGGGGUUAUCAAAGGAACCAGAAAUGCAGCCCCUCAUUUUUUGGCUUUUCCUCUCCAUGUACCUCAUCACUGUGUUGGGGAACCUGCUCAUCAUCCUGGCCUUCAGAUCAGACUCCCGCCUCCACACCCCCAUGUACUUCUUCCUCUCCAACCUGUCCUUUGUGGACAUCUGUUUCACCUCCACCACCAUCCCCAAGAUGCUGGUCAACAUCCAGACACAGAGCAAAGCCAUAAACUUUGAAGGCUGCAUCACCCAGAUGUAUUUUUUCAUACUCUUUACAGGGCUGGAUGACUUCCUGCUGACCGUAAUGGCCUAUGACCGCUUUGUGGCCAUCUGCCACCCGCUGCACUACACGGUCAUCAUGAACCCCCGGCUCUGUGGGCUGCUGGUCCUACUGUCCUGGAGCAUUGGUGUCUUGAAUCCCUUAAUACAAAGCCUAAUGGUGUUGCGACUGUCUUUCUGUUCAAACAUGGAAAUCCCCCAUUUUUUCUGUGAACUCAAUCAGGUUCUUCAGUGUUCCUGUUCUGACACCUUUCUUAAUGACUUGGUGUUAUAUGUGGUAACAGUGUUCCUGGUUGGGGGACCCCUCACUGGGAUCCUUUACUCUUACUCUAAAAUAGUUUCUUCCAUACGUAGAAUCUCUUCAGCUCAGGGGAAGCAUAAAGCAUUUUCCACCUGUGCCUCUCACCUCUCAGUUGUCUCCUUAUUUUAUGGCACUGUCUUCGGAGUGUACAUUAGCUCUGCCAUUCCCCACAACCCACACUCAAGUGCAAUAGCAUCAGUGAUGUACACCGUGGUCACACCCAUGCUGAACCCCUUCAUCUACAGUCUGAGGAACAGAGACAUAAAGGGGGCUCUGAAAAAAAUGUUUGGAGUGGCUGCUAUAUUACAAAAAUUGUCUAGGGGCUGAAGAAAAUGCCUGUGAUCGCGGGGCUGAAAAUUUUGGAACCAAAAAUUGCUAUUGUGUCAUCACACCAGAGGAACUGAACUUGUUCUUUUGAUUUAUAUCCGGAAAUUCCAUUUCAUUGACCUCUAGCCAAUAAAAUUCCCUAUACAAAUAUUCAACUCACAUUAGUAUGCUUUCUACUCUGAUACAUACUCAGUCUCUCCAAUAUUAUUUCCAAAAUGUUUUUGCAAAACUUGUUUCAGAAAUAUGUGCCUCCCUUGUGGUGCAGGGUUAAAGACAGUGUUAUCAAGAUAUUACCAACAUGGGCCUCCCCGGUGGCGCAGCGGUUGAGCGCUGAGUUGCGAAGCUGCCAACGGCCUCUGUGGCACCAGUUCGA